UCUGGCUUAAGAACAGCACUUAGCAGUGGUAUAUUGACCAUAUACCACACCCCUUCUUGCCUUACUGCUUGAAUAGAAUGUAAAUGCCAUCUAGAAUGUAAAGAGAUUCCUUGCUAGCAGGCAGAGUUGGGGCAUGUGGUUACCAUGACGAUGAAUAUAAUCAAACAGCUCUGUCAAACAGAGAUCGCUAGCUAGCUAGCUACAUUGUCAAAACAGCAAUCAUUACAUUUGUUUAUUUUCAGUUAUCUGCAUUUAUGCCCAUUGUAAGUAUCAUAACAAUGUUAGCUAUUAUACAGUGAGAGAAAUGUUUCAAGGUGGUGGCAUUAUUUUUACACUUAUUAUGAGCUAACUUACGUUAGCUAGCUAGCUAAAGUUACUGUUCUAUGGUUCUGCUUUCUAACUUGGCUAAUGUUACGUAAAGUGUUUUUCUGCGUUUGUUGUUCUUAAAUGUUAGGUUUGCCUCGUUAUUGUUUGGAGUUAUGAAAUGUUUCCUUUCUGUAUUUUCAGUUUCAGAAAAAAAAGCAACACCUCUUAUGGAUUUAUUGGGCUACUGUUGCUAGCUGUCAAACUGUACACCAGAACAGAACACAGUGAGGACUGCAUACCCAUAGUCAGAGGAGCAUGCUGGCUGAUCCCAUAGACUUUCAGUCAUUACACUCACGCUAGCUGGCAAUUGCUCCGUUAUCACUAAUUACCUUCAACUUCAUUCAAACUGCACGCAGAGACAUACAAAUGAUAACCAUGAGUUCAUCUGACUGGAGACUGGCAAAGAGUGUCUGUCUGAGUGACAGGACCAAGCUGUCUGCAGAAAAGAUGGAGGACUCUGUGAAGGCGGAGAGUGCCGCCGAUGGAGGAGGCCUGGUGAACGCAGAGAAAGAGCCAGAAGACACUCUCAGCCCCACAGACCUUUCUGAACUGCUGGCUGCCGGGACCAAAGAGGUUCACGAGAAGGCGGAGAACACCCAGUUUGUCAAGGACUUCCUCAGGGGGCGCAUCCGCAAGGAGCUCUUCAAGCUGGGUGAUGUGGCCCUCUACUACACCUACGAGGCCAUGGAGGAGGAGAUUGAGAGGAACAAAGAUCAUCCUGACUUCUCCCCGCUCUACUUCCCAGAGCUGAAUAGACGUGACGCCCUGUCCCGCGACCUGGACUACUUCUAUGGCGAGGACUGGCGGGAGCAGGUCAGCUGCUCGCCGGCCACGCAACGCUACGUGGAACGCAUCCACCAGGUGGGUCAGGAAGAGCCGGUCUUGCUGGUGGCCCAUGCCUACACCCGUUACAUGGGAGACCUGUCCGGGGGCCAGGUGCUGAAGAAGGUGGCCCAGCGGGCGCUGAAGCUGCCAUCGACGGGCGAGGGCGUCUACUUCUACCAGUUUGACGGCAUCCACAGCGCCAAGGCCUUCAAGCAGCUGUACAGGAGCCGGAUGAAUGAGCUGGAGCUGGACAUGGCCACCAAGGACAGGCUGGUGGCGGAGGCCGUGCUGGCCUUUCAGUUCAACAUGGAGGUAUUUGAUGAGCUAGAGGAGAUGGGUAAGGAUAUCCAGGAAGAGGUCAUGGACGCGGGCAUGCCUGUUCAUGGGGCCCAUGGGACCGGAGGAGACAUCAACAAAUGCCCCUACUACGCCGCACAAAUGGCGGCCAGUGGGGGCUCGGCGUACGUCGGUCAGCUGGCCAUGGCCGUCCUCAGACACCCCACAGGCCAGGUCCUAUUCGCCGCCUGGGUCGCCGCCCUCGCCGGACUGGCUGCAUGGUACUUCAUGUGAUCCGACCCACAGCCAAUCGUUGGCUGUCCUGCAGGAAAGGAGGAGGGAAGACAAGAAGAAUUGUUUUCUGAACGUUUGGAUGAGAACCCAUCCGUACCCAGACCUUGUAACCUUCCCUCCUCCACUCCUCUAAUUUUCUCUCUCUACUACCUCCCUCUCAUUCUCCCUCCGUCCUGUAUCCUCCCAGUAUGGUUGGUCAUAUUUGUAGCUCUUAAUAUCAGUUUAGAGCCAUUUUUUUUAUUCAAACCUGUUAUAGGAUUUAUUUCUUCUUGAGUUGACAUGAGAUGACAAUUGAUCUUACUUGAUUAGAUUAUAGUGUGAUUUGUUGUCAGGUUGAAGUCUCUUUAAUAAUCCCAAACAAUUGUAUUAUGGAGUGAUGCAGUAGAGUUAGAGAGGAAAAACAGAUACCCUGCUAUGACAAAAAAGCCUUUGUGGAUUUUGACACUUUUAGGUUGCCAUGGGGAUUUGAAGGACUAUAUUCUGCUGUCCCCUGGGUGGCCCCACAAUCAGUCCAUCAAACCAAAAUGUAAUCUUGAAAAUAUUAGAGCAGUGAGCCUUUGCUUGAAGUGGACUGAAUUAGGUGCCGGUACUCUUUAUUUAGGUGGUGGAACUGAACAAGUAGAACCUUUGAGGUGCUGGCACUUCGUAGCGGUGAGCAGCAGCCCAACUCAAACACUGCUGAGCCAGAAACAGUCAAAGUAACACGUUCUAUGCGUAUGUUAAUAUGCAGAUCUGGCAAAGUGUAGGAGUAUUUCUGCAGGGCAGACUACUAUCUGUUUGCGUGAGUAGGUUAAGCGCCAUCUUUUUAAGUUUGUAUUAAUGGUUAUGGGGGUGAUACUCUCUUGGAAGAUGUCCCAAGAUUCGGUUAAGGACAACACAGGCUAACUGACAGUAAGAGCACACUUUCUAGAAAGGUCUAGACUUUAAAAUGUUGCCAACGGUUGUCACACAUCACAAUGUAUUAUUUUUCUCUUCUCUCCAAAUGAACGCAGGCAGAAAAUUCCAACCUCCUGUGAAAAGCACACAGACAGUGAGUGAGUGACAGGAUGGACACUUUAGGUCUUGUUUUAGGAUGGACGAGCAAUAUUACUAUUAAUCAUUUCUGAAGUGUAUUUUUGUUUUGUUUUAUGCUAUGUUGAAAUGUUGGACUUAGUUAUCUAGUGCUGUCCAGUCCUUUGCUUUGCACUCAGGCAGUCUAGAGAGGAGCAGAGUGUCUGAAAAUGGACACAUCCGUCCUGGAAACGUGGAUAAAGUUGAUUUUCAGUAUUGUUCUAGGCCUAUGGACACCAGGUAGAGGCAGCAAAUACAGCAGCUAGUGUAAUGGUCUGGGAGACAGGGCAGGACAGGUCAGAUGAGAUCAGGUUAGAUUGGUGAAGACAAUUUACCUCAUCAGUCUGAAUGGAUAACAUUGAGGACUUGAAAGCUAUGCACCAACCUGAUGAGGUUGAGCCAUUGUUGUUUGGUUGUGGAGAAGGAGAACAAUGUGUUGUGCAGGUGACCAUAGGUUUGUAUCUGAGGAAUUAUAAGGGCACUACGGUAUUUAGCAGAUCCUAUUCAGGAUUCACACUGACAUCAACAUUACAUUCCUUGAUUUGUUUGUAGUUUUAACAUUGAAGACAACAGUUUGCGUUGUAUUCUAUGCUUUCGCUUGAAGAUGGAGAAGAGGUUAAAGGUCAGAAUGCUGAAUACCAAAGGUCAAGUUGCUGACAUCACGUGACAUUAUCUUGGUUCAUUAUAAACAGGUUCUAUGCUGUGUGUUCAGGUCUGCGGUUCUCUCCUAUCCAUCUCUGGUGUAUUUGGUAGUCCUUGAAUUCUUUGCAGGUGUUAGAUGAUGUAUUAUGUGUUCAGUAGCCCUCCGAGGUAUUAACAAAACAGGGAUUAUCUGGAUUAGUCCAAUAAGAAAUGUUUGAUUUCCGUGGUGAAACUUUGUAAAACAUUUUGCCCUAAUGAACAUGACCCAGGUGUAUUUAUGGCUGUCCAGACCAGUCCAGAGCCUCAUUAGUCAUGUACGUGUUGGGUCUCAGGUUCAUGUUAAUGCAAUUAUAUACAUAAGAAAUAUUGCAAGACUUGUCAUAUUUUAGUUCAAUGUAAAUGCAAUUUUAGUAUUUGUUUUCAGGGGAUGGAACUGUUGCAGUAUUUAGAACAUUUUGAAGGAGUUCUGGAAUGACCAGACCUGGGUUGUGUUCAUUAGGCACUAAACAGAAGACUGAAACAGGGAGGGACUAACUGGACUUGUCCAAUUAAACUCUUCUGAAACGUGUGCCCUAAUGAACAUGACCCAUAAUCUCAGGUGUCGAGGUGUGUUGUUGGGAUGGACUAACGGAAGCCUAGUGAUCUCAGUGAGUGCUUGACAGGCACACGUUGCGUGACUCUUUCUUGCCUUGCCGGUUGUAACAGAAAGCAAACAGUAACUGUAUUAUCGAACCCAUUCGUUUUGUACAGUAAGUACACUGCAAUCUAACUCAAGCUUUAUCAGUGACUGACGAUUUACUACAAAUGUCACUGGUCUCUUUUUGUGAAAGAAAAUCACAGGAAUACAUUGUCUGUAGUAAAAUAAAUGAUUGAAUUUCCUGUA